AUGCCGCGCGACAAGCACACGUCCCACGCGACGGGCAGCGGCCACAGCAGUCGCCACAGCAGCAGCAGCAGUAGGAGCACUGCCUCGUCGCGGGCCUCGAGCCUCACGGACGACCACGCGGCGUCGCCAGUGCGCGCUGCGAGUCCGCAGCAACUGGCGGCCCUGGCGUUUGUCCCGCGCGCGGACCUCAAAGCGGACUUGAGCUGCGGCUUCCGUCUCGACAGCGGGCGCAAUGGGGACACGACGGCCACGCGGGAGGCGUCGCUCGUGGCGGUCGACGACGAACCUGAGCCCGAGCAGACGAGUGCAGUGGGGCUGCACGGGCAGCGCGCACACUCUCUGUCGCGCAGUGCACUGCGUGGCACAGCACGUCUGGUGCAAGACACUGGCGCUGCAGUGCCGCUCAUCAAGCGCCGCAACGUGGGGGUGCCCAAGUUCCUGCGGUUUUUGUUUCAGAUUCUCGAAGAAGAAGACGCGGGCGUCAUCACGUGGUCGCACGACGGCACAGCGUUCCAGAUCAAGCAGCCGGACGACCUGGCAACGCAGAUCUUGCCCAAGUACUUUAAGCACAACAAAGUGUCGAGUUUCCAGCGCCAGUUGAACUACUUUGGCUUUAAAAAGUGGACCAAGACCCAGACGAACGUCUGUACGUUCAGUCACCCCUGCUUUGUGCGGGCGGACAAGGACAAGCUGAAGCUCAUUAAGCGGAAAGAACGCGCGCAUGCUGCGGCUGUGGGCAUGUCGGUCGGUGGACCAACGACUGGUGUCGAUUCGGACUCGAUGGACGAGACAAAGACGAGCCACGCCCAUGAACUUGCUCCAGCGCCCUCGGCUCUAGCUCCUUUUGAAGCUUAUGAUCUAGCAGGCUACCCGCAGAGCCAACUGCCGACACAACAAGCGCUGAAGCGGCAAAAGUCCACGACUUUGUCAGGCGCAACGGUGUCGUUUUUGAAUUCAGGAGCUGCUGGACGGCGUCACUCGACAGGAAUGCUCCCUGGCUCAGAAGCUUUUGGCUUGGCUGCCGCUGCAGCGGCGGCUGCUGCUGCUGCUGCUUCGGGGGAAUCACCGUCAGCUAUCGCAGACUCUUUUGUACUAGGACGCAAGCGCGUUGGAACUCCUGCAGAACAGGAGUUUGAGCUGGAGAUGGAGGCUCGAUCGAGCACAGUGACGAACUCACCGAUAGGGCCUCAGCUGUCCAUGUACAUGAGGAAAAUCGCGGAGAACAAGGAGUUGUCGCAGCAUUAUACGUUCCCACCAGCACACGGCAAACAACAGAGUCUUCCUCACGUGCUGGCGCCAGGCUUUGGAAACACAUUUGGCAUCGGCAUGCACAACAAUGUGGCUGGAAUGGAAGGUGCUGGUAGCGACGGCGGUUUUGCGGCUCACAGUGCCAAUAUGCUGAGUCGACGCAGAAGUGGCCAAGCGCAAGCCGAUCAUGGCAAUGUGAACGGUGCGAUGGGCAACAGAUUAAGCCGAUUUGAUAACUUGAUGUUGUCUUCGUCGAAAACGGCAUUCCAGCAGACGGCAGUCCUUCCCAUUUCGUCUGGAUUGGCUCACAAUGCAGACCUGCAGCAGCAACAACACUGGCAACACGUCGGUCAACAGCACCAGUCGGACAGGGUCACUGGCUACGGCGUGAAGGCUCACUCUGGCAACGAGUGGCCAGCAUUUUACAAAUCUGGAUCCAGUAACGGAUGGCCGGCAUCGAUCAAUCCAAAUGCAGGAUCGAGCGGAAGCACGUCGUAUCAAACCCAGUCGCAGAAUCGCCCGAUGCCAAUGUCUUUCUUGCCAAGAGGCUCGAGUGCACCAUCCGGCGUCCACCCGUCUCUUCACGCGAACGAUUUGAUGGACCAUGUGCAUACAGCGUCUGCGGAUGACAGGAAAGUGCAGCUACGUCCUCUCGCAUCUCAUGCCCACGAGAUCCAGUUUCAUCAAGACCGAGUGGCUUCUUACCUGCCGCAAGACGAUCAACAAGAUAAGAAAGACCUACAGCCAUUGACUCAACAUCCACGUGACUAUAUCGACGUUCUGCUCGAAAACGCGGGACUGGACGAUGGUCUCACAUCACAAAGCUCUACGAUGCUUUCGUCCGAGUUGUGGAACGGACACUCGGAAAGCGACGCUCGGUGCUUAGGAUCGACGGCGUCUUUCGCGUUCAUGCAGCCGCAACAAACCGGUCUGCAACAACUACAAUUGUCCCCGAUGGGAGAAAUGUGUAACAAUUCCAGCCAGCGCUUUUAA